AUGCGUGCAGGGUCGUCUUCAUCUUGCGCCGCUCAGCAGACGCUAUCGGCGGAGGCCGCCUCCGUCCUCAAGCUCUCUCUAACCCUCGCUCGUCGGCGCGGCCACGCCCAACUCACCCCACUCCAUGUCGCCGCCACCCUCCUCACCUCCCGCGCAGGUCUCCUCCGCCGCGCCUGCCUCCUCCGCUCCCAGGCCCCUCACCCUCUCCACUGCCGUGCCCUCGAACUCUGUUUCAACGUCGCCCUCAACCGCCUCCCCGCCGCCCCCGGCCCCCUUCUCUCCGCCCCACAGCCCUCCCUCUCCAACGCCCUCGUCGCCGCCCUCAAACGGGCCCAGGCCCACCAGCGCCGUGGAUGCAUCGAGCAGCAGCAGCAGCAGAGCCACCAGCAGCCCCCGCUAGUCGCCGUCAAAGUCGAGCUGGAGCAGCUCGUCCUCUCCAUCCUGGACGACCCAAGCGUCAGCCGGGUGAUGAGAGAGGCCGGCUUCUCCAGCACCGCCGUCAAAAGCAACCUGGAGGACGCCUCCGCCUCCUCUGUUUUCCAGUGCUACAGUACCUCCGGCGGAAUCUACUCCACUCCCAACUCACCGCCGCCCGAAACCCACCACCCCAUAAACCCGUUCUUUCACUCCCCCCAAAGCCCUUUCCUCAUUUCCCCUCCAAAAAAGCCCGGCACCGUUUUCUCAUCCCUGGACGAGGACAUCAAGGUCGUAAUGGACGUUCUUUUGGGUAGAAGCAGAAGGAAAAACACAGUCAUUGUCGGGGAUUCCUUGUCCAUGGCCGAACAUGUCGUCUCCGAAAUUAUGGGGAGGGUCGAAAGAGGGGACGUGCCGGAGCAGCUAAAGUCGGCCCAUUUUAUCAAGUUUCAGUUUUCCGGCGUGCCUCUCAAAUUGAUGAAGAGAGAGGAAGUUGAGAUGAAUGUUUCUGACCUGAAAAGGAAAGUCGAGUCCUUUGGGUCGGCCGGCAGCCGAGGAGUCAUAAUCUACACCGGCGAUCUCAAGUGGACAGUCGAAACUGAUUGUGAUGAUGAGAAAGAAGAAAAUGGUGAUGGGGUUUACAGGCCGGUCCAUCAUUUGGUUGCAGAGAUUGGAAAGUUGCUAUCUUGGUACAAUAACAGUAACAAUGGUUUAAGCAGAAUGAGAGUAUGGUUAAUGGCUACUGCAAAUUACCAGACUUACAUGAAGUGCCAGAUGAAACACCCACCGUUGGAUCUCCACUGGGGCCUUCAACCUGUUUCAGUUCCAACUGGUGGCUUAGGGUUGAGCCUCAAUGCUACCAGUGGCCAUGAUUCAAGAAUGAACUUUUUCGAUAAGCAUACUACUCGUGAUUCGGACAGAAAGCCAUUCUUCGUCGUCCCGGAGGAACAAGAAGUUCUCACUUGUUGCCCCGAAUGCAAAUCAAACUAUGAAAAGGAAGCAAACUUCAAGUCAAUCCACAACAAUUCCUUCUCGUCGUACUCGAUCGACGAUCAUGCAGACAAUGGUUCGCUCCAUUUUCCCUACUGGCUAAAACCACAUGGCAUUGACUCAUUUGUCAAGGAUGAUUUGGUUCAGCUGAGGAGGAAGUACAACAAACUGUGCCAGAAUCUCCACAAAGGAAGCCAUAAUCCAAUUAACUCUACCAUUACCAAUCAAUCCUACCUAGCAACGGAUUACAGUUAUCCAUUGUCGUAUUCGAACUGGACAAACAAGAACAGCAGCAUCAAUUCCGAUUCCGAAACAAUCUCAUUCACAGCUUAUCCUUCUGUCAAGGCUAAUAAUAGUCAUACCCCAAGCACGUUGCCUAGGUUCAGAAGGCAGCAGUCGUGCCAUAUCGACUUUAGCUUUGGCAAUGGGAGUCCAAAGCAUCAAGCAGUCGAGCUUAAUUUGGAUUCCCUUAAAGGGAAUGAUGAUGAUAGGGAAGUCAAGAUCACGCUCGCCCUUGGGAACUCGACUUAUGGCAGUAAUUGUUCGCCGAAAAUCAAAUCUGCUAAUGAUAAUGUGGAUUUGGUGAAAUUGUUUCAAGAAAACUUGCCGUGGCAGUCUAAAAACAUCCCAUCUGUUGUGGAGGCUUUAUUGUCCCGUCCAAAAGCAGACAGUGGACACAAGUUUUUGUUUAUUAAGGGAAAUGAUGUGGUUGGGAAGAGAAGAUUGGCAGUUGGGAUAGCAAGCUUUGUGUUCGGCUCCUCUGAGCUUUUAUUCCGCACAGACAUGAGAAAAAAUGCAUGGGACCGUGAGAUGAUGGAGAAGGCCUUGAGGGAUGGAGAAAAGCUCGUUUUUUUAGUCGAGAAUGUUGAUUAUGCUGACUGUGAGUUUGCCAAGUUUCUGGAUGAAGCCUAUGAGAAAGUCGAUGGCCAUGCAAAUGCAAUAUUCGUUCUGACUAUGAAUGAGUCAGAGGCAAAAAUCACUGACUCUGUAGUUCGAAUGAAACUAGUCGUGACUGAUGAGUCUAACGUUCCCGAUCAUAAUAAUAACAAACGGAAAGCAGAUUGUGAUUUGCCGAUGAUGGUGAAGAGCAAGAGUCAGAAGAAGACUGAGAAUGAAAAACAAGUUUACCCAAAUGUUUUAGACCUCAACAUCAUAGCUGAAGAUCAUCAGGAUGAAAGAAAGGCAACUGAAUCUGAUUGGCUUAUUAGGUUUAUGGAAAAUAUAAAGAAGAAUAUUUACGUUUUCAAUCGGGAUAUGGAUGAAGAGGAGAGUGCGAAAGAAACGUUGUUGUCCAAACUUAAGGUUUGUUUUGAGGAGGUUAGUGGGUAUAGAAAUAAUAGUAGUGUGUUCAGUGUUGAGGGUGGGGUGUUAGGGGAAAUUUUACAAGGUUCGGGUUUAUACGUCAACAGCUUGUUCGAAAAAUGGGUUAAACAGGUUUUUGAGACGGGUUUACGAAAAAUAUUAGGUAGUGGUGAAGGUGAAGGGGAAAGGACUACUAAGGUUAGGCUGUGUUUAGAUGAGGGAAAAGAGGAGAUCUGUCCUCAAGAUGAUGGAUUCAUGGGGACAUCUCUUCCUAAAACUAUCCCACUCUCUUUCACAGGUUAA